UUUGAGAUCCUCGUUUCCCCCCCGGAAGAAGAAGUCACCGGACUGGCUGGGUGGGAAACUAGUGGGAAGCGGCUCCUGUACUUGUUGCCACGUCGGAAUAGUUGUUGGAUCUGUGUUAUUGAGUCCGUCAAACACACGGAGUUGUUCCUGUAGAGUGUCUGUACUUCAGCUGAAGUCAUGGUUUCCGUUAUCAACACGGUGGACACCUCUCACGAGGACAUGAUCCACGAUGCUCAGAUGGACUACUACGGCACCCGUCUGGCCACCUGCUCCUCUGACCGCACGGUGAAGAUCUUUGACGUGAGAAACGGAGGGCAGAUACUCGUUGCAGACCUCAGAGGUCACGAGGGUCCGGUGUGGCAGGUGGCGUGGGCUCACCCGAUGUUCGGCAACAUUCUAGCUUCCUGUUCCUACGACCGUAAAGUCAUCGUCUGGAAGGAGGAGAACGGAACCUGGGACAAGAUGUAUGAAUACACGGGACACGAAUCAUCAGUGAACUCUGUCUGCUGGGGUCCGUAUGACUUCGGUCUGAUCCUGGCCUGUGGGAGCUCAGAUGGAGCGAUUUCCCUCCUCACAUUCACCGGGGAUCAGCAGUGGGACGUGAAAAAGAUCAGCAACGCACACACUAUCGGCUGUAACGCGGUGAGCUGGGCUCCUGCCGUGGUUCCAGGAAGUCUGAUCGAUCAACCCUCAGGACAGAAACCAAACUACGUCAAACGCUUCGUCUCAGGAGGCUGUGACAACCUGGUCAAACUCUGGAAAGAGGAGGACGGUCAGUGGAAGGAGGACCAGAAGCUAGAGGCUCACAGUGAUUGGGUGAGAGACGUCGGCUGGGCUCCUUCUAUUGGUCUGCCCACCAGCACCAUUGCCAGCUGCUCGCAGGACGGUCGUGUGUACAUCUGGACGUGUGACGACCCCGCAGGAAACACGUGGACGGCCAAACUGCUCCACAAGUUCAACGAUGUGGUUUGGCACGUCAGCUGGUCCAUCACUGGAAACAUACUGGCUGUUUCAGGAGGAGACAACAAGGUGACCCUGUGGAAGGAGUCGAUGGAUGGUCAGUGGGCGUGUAUCAGCGACGUCAGUAAGGGGCAGGGAGCCGUCUCCUCCAUCACAGACACGCAACAGAGCGAGCAGUGACAUUUUCACUGCUUGUGUGUGUGUCAGUGCGAUUCACACACAAAACAAUGACCUCCGACUUCACUAGACUCCAACCAACAGCCCGUCGUCCACACCGACACAGCUUCAUUUCUCCUCUUUCUGUUGUAUUUAAUAAAAACACAACGCGUGACACGUGAGUCCAGCUGUUGGACAAACUCUCUGCACAGUUUGGGGAGGACUUAAAUUCACAGAUUUUACAAGAAGAGAGACGCCUCCAGAGAUCCCUGCUCCCACACGGAGAGUCUUCUCAAUGCAAACGUGACUGUUAAUUACCUUCACACACGUUUUCUUAAUCACACACACUCCACUGUGUCUUGUUCCUGAAGCCUGACGUAAAGUAACAUGCAUCUUUAAACACGCCCCUCAUCUUUGUCCCAUCAUGCUCUGCUCCUUAAACAUUCCACUUUUACACGCAGAGAAACAAACCUCCACGUAUCACCCUGAAUGAUCACAGCACCCUUCUUUUCUUUAGAUAGACUGUGUUGGUAGAUCAGCUGCUGGAAGAGCUUGUUCUGAGCAGAAUCCCCAUAGACACACACAUACAUAUACACACACACACACACUCACGUCUUGUCAUCCAUGUGUUAAUUAUAGAGUGUGUUAUGUAAGGAGCAAAACUAGCUUUUUGUUCUGACUGUAAAGAAACAUUCAUUUCGUCAUCGUGAGAGAAAUCGAUGCCAAAAAAUGACCUGAUUUCAUGAUCUUAACUGUGAGCUGGUUUCAGCCCAGAACUUUGAAACAGUAAUACAUUUAAGAAAUGAUUCAUACAAUAAAGUAUUGAUCAGCACAGAUUCUUUGAAGCUUGUUGUCAGAGCGACAGAACUCAGACCCAGCCUCACUUAAUCCGCCUCCACAGAGAGAAUGAAUCAACAUGUUGUAAACACAAAGACAUGAAUGAAGUAUGUUAACAGUUUGUAUCAUCAGAAACCUGGAUUUGUUUUUCAUAUUUGAUGUAAUUAAAUAAUUAUGUUACAAC